UCGUCCUUUCCAGUGAUGAUGAGGAGGGUGAUGCUAGUAUGAGAAACACAAGCCGAAUUGAAAGCAUCUCUCCCAGGCCUGCUGAUUCUGCUUGCUCCUCUCCUGCUCCGUGUUCAGGAAAGGUGGAGGCAGCACUAAAAGAAAAUACCAGUUCACCGGAUUCUGAUGUUACUGUUGCAUUACCCAGAAAAGCAAGAAUGAAAGACCAGUUCGGCAAUGCUGUAGCAAGUACGCCAGUCAAGCGUCGUAAAGUUUCCUCCUUAGAAAUUCAUUGUGACGUGACACCAGUAAUUUCUCCAAAUACCUGUGAGAGCAUCAUCAUAGAGUGCCGAAAUGUUCGAAUAGGCACCUUUUGCAGAAUGUUGGUAGAACCUGUCGUGUUCUCUGUUGACUUCAUAAAGGUCCACCUUGAAGUUAAUCCUGACGACGAUGAUGGACUGGGUUUUCGAGAUAUAAAUUUUAAAACAUUAGAUCUUAUAAGGUGUGAUUGGUGUACUGCUCGGAAGCUUCCUAUAGUUUUUUUCCAGACUCAGCCUGCUGCUUGUCAGUGUCUGCGAUCCAAGCUUAGGAUGAGUCGUGAAAAUGGGACUGGAUGGUAUGACUGCGGAUCCCCUAAUGUUGAAGAACAGUUUAUUGUUUUUAUCUUUGAGAGAGCCCUGAGUGUUCAAGAAAAUGCCAUAUUUGAAAAGAUUCUGUAUGACAUUGGAUGCAAAAAUUCAAAUCCAAAGUUUUUGACGAGGAUCCCCUUUGAGGAAGCAAAUGGAAGGAUUGUUGCUUUUACAAAAAAUAUUGAAGACAUUCCAACACAUGGCUCAGGACAAAAAGAGAUCACAACUAAACAUGAUGUUUCUGAAACAAGUAUGAAUUUAAGGAAUACAACACCUCCUCUUCAGUUCUAUGGAGAUGAUGAUGAAGUUGGUGAUACUCACACUGUCUUCGUAGGCCCUAUUGAGAAAUUGAUUGUUUAUCCACCCCCACCUGCCAAAGGUGGAAUUUCGGUGACCAAUGAAGACCUCCAUUGUCUAAAUGAAGGAGAGUUUUUAAAUGAUGUGAUAAUCGAUUUUUAUUUGAAAUAUUUGGUGCUUGAAAAACUUAGAAAAGAUGCAGACAGGAUCCAUAUUUUCAGUUCCUUUUUCUACAAGCGUCUAAAUCAAAGAGAGAGAAGAAAUCUCCAAGAUACGGCAAACCUUACCACUAGAUGGGCUCUUUACUUGACACAGUCGUUUCUGCAGCUUAUAAGCAUGGUAGAGUGGGUGUAUCACAAG